AUGCAAGCAAUGAAGCAAAUGGCCAGAGAAAGUAACUCUUCAGUGACUGAGUUCAUUCUUAUGGGAUUAACAGUUCAACCAGAGCUCCAGCUGCCACUGUUUGCACUCUUCUUGUUAAACUACACAGCCACUGUUCUAGGAAAUCUGAGCUUAGUGAAUCUCAUUUGCCUAAACUCACACCUUCACACUCCCAUGUACUUUUUCAUCUUCAAUCUGUCCUGCAUUGAUUUCUGUUAUUCAUUUGUUUGUACUCCAAAAAUGCUGAUGAGUUUUGUUUUGGAGAAGAACACCAUCUCCUUUACAGGAUGCAUGACUCAGCUAUUUUUCUUCUGCUUUUUUGUCAAUUCAGAGUGUUAUGUGCUGACAGCCAUGGCCUAUGAUCGCUAUGUGGCCAUCUGUCAGCCCCUCCAGUACACAACUGUCAUGUCCCCUAAGAUCUGUGGUCUGCUGAUGUUUGGUUCUUACUUGAUGGGUUUUGCUGGGGCCAUGGUUCACACAGGGUUUAUGAUCAGGCUCAGCUUUUGUGAUUCUAACAUCAUCAACCACUACAUGUGUGACAUCUUCCCUCUUCUCCAGCUCUCCUGCAGUAGCACCUAUGUCAAUGAGCUUGUGAGUUCUGCUGUUGUUGGAACAAUUAUCAUUUUAUCUAGCCUAAUUAUCUUAGUCUCAUAUGCUAUGAUCCUUUUCAAUAUCAUUCAUAUGUCAUCAGGUAAGGGUUGGUCCAAAGCCUUGGGCACUUGUGGGUCUCACAUCGUAACUGUUAGUCUCUUCUAUGGAUCUGGGCUACUUGCUUAUGUCAAGCCAUCAUCUGCUGAGACUGUGGGCCAGGGAAAAUUUUUCUCAGUGUUUUACACUCUUGUGGUCCCCAUGCUGAAUCCUCUCAUUUACAGUCUCCGGAACAAAGAUGUCAAACUUGCUGUGAAGAAAACCAUGAAAAGAAUCACAGCUGAAUGAACAGUGAUGGUUCCUUAUCCCUGCCCCACUGCUUUGGCAUGUCCCUCUCUCUUCUUUGUCUUUCUCAUUACAUUUCUCCUGUUCUGUUUUUUCUCAUCUAUAUAUAGUCUGGGGAUUUCUACUGUAAUCCCUCAU